AUGUUGCUUUCCAUUUAUCUGAAAGUGAGGUGAGUAUUUUAUACUCAGAUAGUGACGUCAUUACUCAGUGAUUUAAAGAAACAUGCAAGUGAUCACGCUUAUUUUAAUGACAAAAUUAUCUCAAUACAUAACCUCACUUCUAAAGUGAAUAUGCAAGACUCGUAAGAAUGCAAAAGGAACAUGCAUUUAACUGAGUUAUGACGUCACAAGUGAGAAUUAUCUGAGUUUUGAUGUAAAUGGAAAGCAGCAGUAAACACGCAAAUUUACUUGACGUUUUUUAUAUUGGGCGAGAAUUAUCUUAUUUCCUUCAGUUUUUUUUUUACGGAAUUCUCUCUAGAAAGGAAAAAAAUAGCUAGCCAAGAUGCCUGAAACGGAGGAAGAGAUGGGUAUGUCCGUUCGUUUAACGAACGAUGACUUUCGGAAACUCCUAAUGACUCCGAGAGCGUCGGUGCCCUCAGCCACCCCAGCCUCCGUACCAGGUACAGCGAGAGAUGCUAGUGCGAAAACCGCCCAGACUCCUCAGGUCAGUGGUGGCAGUCGGGCAGAGCUGCGAAGAAAGAAGAAGAGCUUUUACGCAAAGCUGAAGAAACAGGAGGAAGAUAAGAUGGCCGAGCUCGCGGAAAAGUAUAGGGAUCGUGCGAGAGAACGCAGGGAUGGUACCAAUCAAGAUUAUCAGGCAGAGGAUCCUAUGAACAGCGCUAGUGCAUACCGGGCCGUCGCACCGGAUCUAAAAUCCGGCAUGGAUGCUGCGGAGCGCAGGAGGCAGAUGAUUCAACAGUCCAAAUUCUUGGGUGGUGACAUGGAACACACUCACUUGGUCAAGGGCUUGGAUUAUGCUCUUUUGCAAAAGGUUCGCAGUGAGAUUGAAGCAAAGGAACACGAGCAAGAGCAGGAGUUAGAGAAAUUAGUGAAGCCAAAAGAGAAAUCAAAGAAGGAGUUACCACCCGAGAAGAAGGACGACGAGAUGCUGUUCAAGACAAAGCUUGGCCGGAACGUGUACAAAACCAUCAUGACUAUGAAAUCUAAACAGAUUGAAAGAAACGAGCUGUUCACGCCGGGUCGCAUGGCAUAUGUGAUUGAGUUAGAUGACGAGAACGCGGACGUUGACAUACCAACAACGCUGAUCAGAAGCAAGGCUGACGUGCCUACGAUCGACAAUACACCGACUCUCACGACCAACGAUAUUGUGAUCAACAAAUUGGCUCAGAUACUGUCGUACCUGCGCCAGGGUAGUCGUCACAGUAAAAAGGGCAAAAAGUUGAAAGACGGACGCAGUCGCGGUGAUGAGAUGAAUGAUAUGGAGAUUCAGCCACGGCCGCCCAUUGCUGACGAGAGUAUUUAUGGUGAAAUUGGUGAUUAUGUGCCAACGGUGACAAGUAAAAAGGAUGUACAACAGCGCGAGAAGAAGAAAGGCUCGUAUUUCGACAAGCCCGAAUCGAAUCUGGACACUGACGACAAAGCAAAUGCACCGCAAUUACCGAGCGUUUUGCAACCAAAUGCGGUGGCCGCCGCUACAACCACUCCCGUUGCGGACGGCAACGCGCCAAAGAAGGGUGCGUUGCUAAAUAAACUCGCGGCCGAGCCAGAAGGCUACGCCGAAUGUUAUCCGGGCCUGGACGAGAUGCAGGACGCUAUUGAUGACUCGGACGACGAGGUGGAUUAUACAAAAAUGGAUCUAGGUAACAAGAAGGGCCCGAUAGGCCGCUGGGAUUUCGACACACCCGAAGAAUACAGCGAAUACAUGAACAACAAGGAGGCGUUGCCCAAAGCAGCCUUCCAGUAUGGUGUAAAGAUGGCCGAUGGCAGACGCACCAGGAAGUAUAAUAAAGAAAAAAAUGAGAAGGCAGAGCUUGAUCGCGAGUGGCAAAAGAUUCAGAACAUUAUGAACAAGAGGAAAUCAACGACGACGGUCGAUGGUGCAUCCGAAUUCAAAGUACCACGAUAUUAAGUGUUCGACUUGCAAAUUUGUACUUUUGAUCUGUAUUUAUCACACGAGAUUUGGACAAUCUAAAAUUGUUACCUUGAAUGUUGUUACACAGUAGUGGAAAAAGUACUUCAUUAUUAGAAACAAAUUUUCUUUGUAUAAAUGAAAAUAAUUUUUCGCGAAUUUUUAAAUAAUAUUCUUAUUGCGAUAAGUUUUUCAGUGCAUGAAUAAAAUUACAUCAAAUAAGUUAAAUUAGAUUAUAUAAAAUGUUCUAAAAGUAAUCAACCUAAGUAAGAAAAUUGUAUAUGUUGUAUAUUAUAGGCAUCAAAUAUAGUGUUAUAUUAAUCUAUAAUACACAAUAGUCUAUUUUAUGAAAAAUUAUUUCUAAGCAGUGUAAUAUGCACACAUUUAAUUGAUAUUCCGAAUGUAAUAUCAUAUAUAGAUAUAAUAUAAAUCCCAUGUUUAAUUUUCAUAUGUACUAUUGCUUUUAUUUUCCAAUUGUAAAAGCUUUGAAUUUUGUUAUACAUUUUGUAUUUUAAUUAAGGAAUUAAUAGACGCAACGAAAACUUUAAACAAAUAAAUUUUUUCGGUUGUAAGA